UCGCAAAGCUGGUCUUGAAUAUUGUCUCACUCGUUUUCUGGAAAAACAUGUAGGGAAGUUUGUGCACAGCUUCAUGCAGAAUAAAGAGCACAGACAGAACAGAAAAACACCCAGCAGUAAACUAUUCUCAACUGCUUCCACCAUGCACCAGGUGUGUCUGAUAGUUUGUUUGUUGUCAACUGUUGUUGCUGAGUCAACAAAUCCUUCAAUCAAGAGAGCUCGUAAUUUUACCAUCCACUCUUCCCAGUUGGUCUGUAGUCUGCCGGGGCCAGAGGGGCCUGCAGGGAUCCCAGGAGUCCCUGGACCACCUGGGACCAUGGGACCAAUGGGUCCCCCAGGGUUGGAUGGUCCAGAUGGAAAAGAUGGAGAAAAGGGAGAAAAAGGAGAUAGAGGUGAUCCAGGGAGACCUGGGAACCCAGGCAAAUCUGGUGUGAAGGGCAGAGAAGGUGUUAUAGGGAAGGCAGGACCUCGGGGUCUGAGGGGCCUACGUGGACCACAAGGUGUGGCUGGAAAAAAGGGGCAAAAAGGAGAACUGGGUGACAACGGCCAGCAGGGAGCUCCUGGUGGCUGUAACUGUGGCAGCACAGCCCGAUCAGCCUUCUCUGUGGCUGUGACAAAGAGUUAUCCAAAAGAGCGAUUGCCCAUCCGCUUCAGCCGGAUCUUGCUAAAUGAAGGGGAUCACUACAAUGCCAGCAGUGGGAAGUUUGUCUGUGCAAUUCCUGGGGUCUAUUACUUCACCUAUGAUAUCACACUGGCCAAUAAGCACUUGGCCAUUGGGCUGGUGCACAAUGGACAGUAUAAGAUCAAGACCUUUGAUGCCAACACAGGGAACCAUGAUGUAGCUUCUGGUUCCACUGUUCUUCACCUGAAGCAGUCAGAUCAGGUCUGGCUGCAGAUUUUCUACUCUGAACAGAAUGGACUCUUCUUUGACCCAUUCUGGACAGACAGCACCUUUACUGGUUUUCUUAUUUACGCUGACCAGGAGUUUCUCAAUGAGGAGGAUAGAAAAGCAAACACUCAGUCUGACAGUUAAUAUUCUACACCUGUAUUCUUAACUGACUUUAUUACGCAUGAAGAUGAGAGCUCCACAAUGCUGGGCAUGAAUGAAUUCUAGUUGUUAUACAGAUUUUGACACCAGGGGGCGCAUAGAGAAAGAAAAUAAGAGGGAAAUCACGCCAUAAAGCUUUCAUACUAAACAAAGGUGUUGUGGCUGCAGUUUUGUCCUUACUUUUAUAAUAUAAUAAAUAUAAUAUUUAAAUACUAACUUAAAAAGUAGCUGCAUUAAUCAUAUUUGUUUUUUUCAAUGAUGUUAAUGAGAUCAGCACAAUGCCAUCUUCUAUGUUUUAAAGUAUUUUGUU